GCGGAAAUAGAUAACCAAGUUACACUGGCCUUAAAUGAAGCAAAAGAUAAUGUUCGCUAUAUUUCUUCAUUGCAAAAGUUUUGGGAUCCACUAUACAGGUCUUCCCCUAAUGUUAUAAUAAGUAGUUUGCCUGGACUAAUGGUGGCAAUUAGAAAUGUUUCUAAAACUGCCCACUAUUUUAAUACACCAGUUAACGUAACAGGACUAAUGGUUAAAAUAUCAAACCAACUUACUAUCACGAGUAAAAACUAUAUCACAGAUAGUGAACAUCGAAGUCUUUGGGAUAUUCCGUCUCCGGAAUUAAUUGAAAAAAUUGAAAAAUGUAAAGAAGUUAUGGAGAAUUAUAAAAGUAUAUAUAUGCAUACUGUUGAUGAAAUGAAAAACAGUAAUGAGCGCCCUUGGAUUGUUUCAUCUGUUUAUAUUUUUACCUGCUUAGAAAAAUUCUUACAGCGCCUAGAAAAGGUUAAAUGGAUAGCAAAUACAGAAAUAACAUAUUCUAUUUUGGAUCGUAUUAUGAUAAGCGGCAUGGAAAGAUUUAAUGCAAUGAUAAAGGGUGCUCGUAUUACUAUUAGUAGUCAAUUAUAUGAUCCUUUGAAUUAUAGAAUAGAGACUUUUGAUACCGAUUUCGAAAAAUUCGUGAAAGAGGUGGAGGAAGCUGAAGUUGGAAUGCAGCAAUUUGUAAAGUUACUUUCCACUGAAUGCCCAUCAGCAGAAUCCGUUAUGUUGGUUCUGAAACGAUUUGAAGCAUUAAAUUUAGAAUGCCUCUGUCUUGAUAGAAGAUACUUGGAAGUAGCCGAAAUGUUAGAAAAGGAAAUGUUUCUUCUAAAAGAUGUUUACAAUGAAGAAAGGGGAAAUCCCUUUAUUCCACGUAAUCUUCCGCCAGUGGCAGGCAGAAUAGUCUGGAUUCGAUCAAUUUUUAAAAAAAUUGACUUACCCAUGCAAGCAUUAAAAGUACGCCAAUGUGUACUUGCCCAUAAAAAAGCUCAACGAACUGUUCGUUAUUAUAAUUAUAUGAACGGAAUCAUUUGCCAUUAUGAAAUGGCUUACCAUAAAGCUUGGUUUGACUAUGUUGAAGAAGUACGUUGUCUUUUAAACGCUCCUAUUAUGUCAAUCAAUAAAGAUGAAGCAUUGUAUAAUGUUAACUUAGAUAGAGCAAUACUGCAAUUGAUCUCCGAAACGGAGUGGAUGUGGAAACUUUUUUUGGAAGUACCAAACAUGGCUGCAACUGUUGCUUAUUGUAAAGACCGUUUAUUAGGACCAGCGACAACAUUAAAACUAACUUUACAGCGAUUUGACAAAUUAAGAGCAUCUCUAACACCUGUCUUCAUAAAUAUAAUGCGAUUUCGCCUUCAAGAAGUUUCUAUCAUGCUAAAACCUGCAUUAUCAAUAGUUACUUGGAUAUCGGAAAACCUUGAAGAUUAUGUCGAAAAAGUUUGCAUGAAAAUAAAAGAGGUGGAAACAUUUUUCAAUAUGAUUUUAGACAUUGAAGAGCUUCGAAUACUACAGGAAAUGAGCAGUAUAUCUGAAUUUCUUUAUAUAUAUGUUCCAGACGAUCCUGUUUCGUCAUAUGAAUUUCUUGAAGAGAGCAAUAAACUACGGUCGGAAAUAGAGCGCAUAUUGGAAAAAAAGUCUGUCUGCAUGGAGCGUGCAGUUAUAGACAUCAUAAACAUGUUUAUUGACUUACUUGAUUUUGAGCCAACCGACUCAAAAGGCCGACGAGUUUUUCAACUCCCUCCAGAGAAGCUUAAUGACACCAAUUGGAGGACGGAGGGCUUUCUUCCUAUAGAUAAAUGGGAUUUUAUUCAGUUCCAUAAAAUUUAUCGUACUAUUUAUCUAGCUCCAGAAGAUGUUUUAAAGACCCUUCAGUUUCGAAAUUAUGAAAACAUCAGAUAUGAGCUUCAUCAUUUACGAAACGACUGUAUGGAUUUGUUUUCAUACUAUAACUCGAAAAUAAUAUUGGCACUAGUCGCGGGCUCAAAGCGAUCUUUAGAUUUCGUAAGGCAAAAUAUUUUGAGGUUCACAACCAUAUCCCUGAUUUUCCUUUUGACCACAACAUCGGCACGCGUCACGGACUAUUCUAAAGCUAAAUACAUUCCCAUUGUUGAUGGCCGAAUUCUAUUUCCAAAAAUUAAGUCGGCCUGUAACAAGAUCACCGUUUUCCCGGUGUCACAUCACGACACCACACUCAGGCUGAAGGACAAUGUUGUUGCUGAAUGCGACGGUAAACUCCACACGGUAGAAAACUGCUCUUUGGCAGCAGGGGCUACGUUUUGUCGGCUGGCACGAAGAAAAUCAUGCGCUCAAGAGCUCUACGCUGGAGGCACGGCGCAUUGCGAGAUCCAUCAAAGCGAUUAA